AAUGGUGACGUCAAGCGAGAAACGUGCAACAGCCAAUCAGAUUCAGCCUGUCGGUCACGUAAUUUAUCAGAAUCUCGCCAUCAUCAAUUUCUUCGGAAGUGAAUCUCGUUGAAAUGAUCUCUCGACGGAAAUUGUUGUUAUGGAAUAUUGCCGGGAUCUUAUUAAUAAAGUGCUAAAAAAGAAGAAGUCAAUCAUGGCCUCAGCAGUGAUAUUACAGGGUCUCGAGAUACAUUUUUACCUGCCAGAGACACACCAGAUCAUUCAUCUCUCAGGAAGUUUCACAGCAGAAGAGCUGUGUGUUGAAGCUGCCAAGAAGUUGGGUAUAUCUCCACUGUGUAGCAGUUUGUUCGCCCUUUAUGAUGAAUUUAGCAAGAUCUGGUAUCCACCCAAUCACUUGUUCAGUAUUGAUGAGACUUCAAGAUUGAAGCUGUACUAUCGCAUGAGAUUCUAUUUCACAAACUGGCAUGGGAGCAGCAAGACAACUCCUCCAGUGUUCAGACACAGUCUCAAGCGAGGGACGGGGUCCACGGGGACGGCUGUUCUGGAUGUAGCUUCGCUAAUGUACCUUUACGCACAGAGUCAGUGUGACUUUCAGAGCAGUCUGGCGCCGCUGCGUAGCGCUCGUGAUGAGAGUGACGUCCAGCAGAUAGAAAAUGAGUGUUUGGGUAUGGCGGUGAUGGCCAUCUCCCAUGAUUCCAUUGAAAAAAAACGUCCUGUCAGUGAUUUUGAGUACAAGAAUUACAUCCCCAAGGUCCUGUACAAGUCCAUACGUAACAGGAACGUUCUCACACGCCUGCGCAUCUCCAAUGUCUUUAAAGUGUUCCUUGAGGAAUUCACCAAAAACACUGUGCAAGGCAACAAGAUCAGUACCCAUGACCUGAAGGUCAAAUAUAUGUCCACUUUGGAGACUCUAACGAAACACUUUGGCCAGGAGGUGUUUGAACCCACAUCACUUGUCAUACAUGAGAAUGAGGAAGUAAUCACAGACUCCAGCAGUGCUGCUGAUGUUCAAUACAAGAUCCUGGUGUCUGGCACCUCUGGCAUUCAUUGGUGUGAAGUCUCAAAGGAGGCCGAUUCAGAUCCGUGGACCAAUCAGGAGAGACGUAAAUCAAAGAGAGACAGCAAGAAACUGAGGAAAGCAGUAUUACAUGAUGCAGGAGAGGACAGAUGGACACUCUUUUCAGACUUUAAUGAGAUAACGCAUCUUCUCAUCAAAUCCACCGUGGUUACUAUCCACAAACAGGACAACAAAAACAUGGAGCUGAAGCUGGCAGCCCAUGAGGAGGCGCUGUCCUUUGCUAGUCUUGUAGAUGGAUACUUCAGGCUCACAGUAGAUGCGCAUCAUUUCCUCUGCAGGGAUGUGGCUCCCAUUUCAUUGGAAAAGAACCUACGAGAGGGCUGCCAUGGUCCAAUCAAUACUGAAUAUGCCAUCCAUAAACUGAAGCAGGAAGGUUAUGAGGAGGGCAUGUACCUGCUGCGCUGGAGCACUCACGACUUUGAUCAUGUUCUCCUGACUGUCAUAUGCAACGAGAGAGAUUGUCACGGCAGCAUCACCAAAGCCUUCAAGAACUUCCAGAUUGAGGCGAGCGCACAGGGCUUCCACCUGACUGGGACAGAUAUUGUAAAGCCCACUCUGAGAGAGCUGACAGACCACCUGUCCAGCCAGUGUCUCACAACAGACCACACCACCUUAAGACUUGAGUGUGGCUGCCCACCCCAACCAAAAGAGCAAUCCAACCUUGUCAUGAUGACCAGGAGAGAUUCAGUGUUGCCACAAUCUUCCUUCAUUAAUGCGGUCCAUGGAAUCCUUAAGAUCCUCAGAAAUGACAUUACCCAGGAGAAACACCUGGGUCAAGGCACUCGCACAAACAUCUAUGCCGGCAAGCUGAAGUUGAGAAAUGAGGAUGAUGAGGGUUCAUCAGACAGUGAGGUGGUGGAUGUGGUUCUGAAGAUGCUGGCUGCAGGACACAUUUCUGCCUUCCUGGACACAGUGAGUGUAAUGCAGCAGAUAUCCCAUAAACACAUGGUUCUGAUGUAUGGCAUAUGCAUGCACAGCAUGGACAUCAUUAUGGUGGAGGAGUUGGUUCAGCACGGCCCUCUGGAUCUAUUCAUGAGAAAUCAUCGCUCUGAACUCACACCCUCCUGGAAGUUUCAAGUUGCGGAGCAGCUUUCCAGUGUCCUCAGCUAUUUGGAGGAUAAGAAGCUCGUUCAUGGCUAUGUCUGUGCUAAAAAUGUACUGUUGAAGCUGGAUGGGCUGGAAGGACAAGGCGGUCCUUUCAUUAAACUUAGUGAUCCUGGACUGUCCAUCUCUGUACUCAGCCAAACGGAGUGCAUUGAAAGGAUCCCCUGGAUCGCCCCGGAGUGUGUUAAAAACAGCAAAGCGCUGAGCAUUGCAGCAGACAAGUGGGGGUUUGGGACCACGCUAUGGGAAAUCUGCUACAAUGGCGAGGUGCCCCUGUGUGAGAAGAAGCUCUCAGAGAAAGAGCGAUUCUACGAGGUGUGUGGUACUCUGGUCACCCCCAGCAUCAGUGAACUGGCUAAUCUGAUCUCACAGUGCAUGAACUAUGACCCCAAGAAGAGACCGUUCUUCAGAGCCAUAGUGAGAGAGCUGGGCCGCAUCAAAGAGCAGCACGAGAAGGACGUUCAACUUAUAUCAGGGGCAAUUCCUCCACAGGAGACUGAUCCUACAGAUUUUAAGAGGAGAUUUCUCAAGAAAAUACGAAAACUUGGAGAGGGUAACUUUGGGAUGGUGGAACUGUGUCUGUAUGACCCUAAGGGAGAUCAGACAGGUGAGCUGGUGGCUGUCAAAUCUCUGAAAGGGGAAAACGAGAGCAGCAACCUGAGGAGAGAGAUCAGCACGAUCAGAAACCUCUACCAUGAAAACAUUGUCAAAUACAAAGGCAUCUGCAAUGAUGAAGGAGGUUCGGACAUCAAACUCAUUAUGGAGUAUUUGCCCGCUGGAAGUCUGAAAGAAUACCUGCCUCGUAACAAAUCCAGCAUCGAUCAGAAGAGACUGCUGCUUUAUGCUCUUCAGAUAUGUCAGGGUAUGGAGUACCUGGGAUCUCAGAACUACAUCCACAGGGAUCUAGCAGCAAGAAACAUCUUAGUGGAGAAUGAAUCACUUGUGAAGAUCGGGGACUUUGGUCUGACUAAGAGCAUCAAAGAUGAUAAGGAGUAUUACAAAGUGACUGAAGAACAAGACAGUCCGGUGUACUGGUAUGCUCCAGAAUGUCUGAUUAAUCGGAAGUUCUAUAAGGCAUCCGAUGUUUGGUCAUUUGGGGUCACUCUCUAUGAAAUCAUGACCUACUGUGACCGCGAGAACAGCCCUCCACAGGUAUUCCUGCAGACAAUUGGCCGGUCUCAUGGGCAGAUGACCAUGGCCAGACUGGUAGAAGCUCUCGAGAAAGGCUGGAGGAUGCCAUGUCCAGAUUCAUGCCCUGAAAUGGUGUACACUCAGAUGCACAGGUGCUGGAGUCACGCCCCAGAAAACAGAGCGGACUUCAAGAGCCUCAUCAAAGAGAUUGAGUUUCUCCUUACUAGAGAAAACAUGUAACUUCCAUUCAUCAGGUCCACUUACAGAAUUCAGAUCCAUUUUGUAUUUUUAUGCACCUUUCUCAUUAUACUAAGAAAAGUCAGGCAUGAUGCAUGUUAUUUUCUGUUCAAAUCUUUCCCACUUAAUUAUCUACCUCCAAAAACACUUAGUUUAAACAUUGUAUUCUUACUAGGUUAGCACACCACUUAACGCUUAACAGGUAUCAAGUACUAAAAAGAUUAAUUUAUACAUGCUAUAGCCGCAUCAAAUCUAGGGCCAGAUUUACUAACAGCUUGCACCAGCUCAAACCCUGUCAGGAUUUGCUAAACAAAGAGAAAAAUGAAUGUGGACAGUUAUUUUUGUAGUUGAACUUAUUUACGCUUUUAUAGGAAUUUCCCUUCAGAUGCAAUUGAUGGGAGGAGAGCUUAAAGUCAAUGACGCAACACGCGAUGCAGUUUACACAAGGUUUCCGCAGGUCAAUUUACUGAUACAGUACUUGUAUCACUGUCUUAACCCAUGUUGCGCUUGACAUGACAUGAUAGCUUCUAAUUUGCACCGCUCUUGGCAGAUUGCAUUGGUCAUUAUGGAAAAAUAAUGUGGCUGUGUCUGUGUUCUUUAAUUUUGCAUUGUCAGUAGAUCACAAAGAACUUUAUACACCUAUCUGCACUUUUAUGGAAUUCUGAUCUCACGCUAAUUUGCCCUGAUUAGUAAAUCUGUCCAGUAAUGUAUUAAAAAGUAUGAAUUACUUUAUAAAAGAUGAAGCGCCUUAAUAUGGCUGGAGACAUAUUUGUUGUAGCUGCUUUCUAUAGCUGCUUUUCCACCGUUGGGGUAAGAAACGGUUAUAUUUUCACUUCAACUCAGAACGCAAGUAGUGGCGUCGCCACUCAGAAUUGGUCAAGUGUAGGGCUGGGUAUCGAGGUCGAUACUUUUUAGGCACCGACCGAAAUGCCUCGAUACCAUCGAGUAUUGAAAAACCUCUUGUCGUUCGGUACCAAACUUCGAUACCCAAGGGGUUAAUCUCGUCAACAUCAGUGUGCCAAUAAGCCUGCAGCACUAGGUGUGUUCGACUAGAAGUGGCGCCGCGCAGAUCGGCGGCUUUCACACUGAACGCGGAAUGCGCAGACCUUCAGAGCGCAGUGGCAAAAGUUCAAUUCAUUUAAACUUUGAGCACAGCUUGUGGGCCAGUGGUGCGCUCCGCUGCGCGUGCGCUUUGGUCGACGCAGCAACAAACCGUCUUCGUGAGAGCGAUGCUUUCUGCAGAGCAGUCUGCUCUCUAAAGCUCUCUUGAUCCUACGCAGAGCCGCGACAAAGUCGAACACCCCUGCUAGUUUACAACAGUUGCACUCAGAGAUGUGGCUCACACAGGAGGCUGUAGCAUGAAAGCAUUACAACCCCCUUAGAUGUAAGGCUACGCUUACACUGGUGCGUUUUUGUUUAAAAAAUUAAAACAAUCCUCAUCCAUACUGGAAGUGUGGGUUACGUGAUCAUUCAUGAACACUGUAGCAUGAUGCUACAUAAGACAAUAAAUAAGAUUUAUAUUCCACUUUUACUCAAAACUCAUUUUAAACAAUCAGCAAGUUUUUAAUAACUUUGUUUGCCGUCGAAAGUGUGUUUUGGCCAUGUAAUGUUGUUGAAAUAUGUUAUGUCCUCUGAAUCAGAACAGCGAUUGCAGAAGAGAGAAGGCAUAUAAUGUUAUACAUACCGGCAGACAGUGCUGGAAGGUGCUAGUGUUUGUCAGUAAAUUAGUGGAAAAUGAAUAGAAAUUAUGAUUUUGUCUGAGGUAUGCAUUUUAAAACGAAUAUGCACUAGUGUGAAUGUAGCCUAACAGAUGUGUAAACUGAAAACUUUUUCAGCUUUAUUAAUUAUUUUCACUGAUUUAUUGUGUUGGAUAUAUUUUGUUCCUUUGUGCAGUGGCUCAGGAGUCUUUGAAUCUGUCAAUAAAGAAAUUAAUUUGAGAUAAUGUAAUCUUGUUAAAAUUGUUUUCAUAAAAUUGGUAUCGAAAAAAGUAUCGUUCAGGAACCGUAUCGAAGUCAAGGUAUCGGUAUCAGCAACGAUAUUGAAUAUUUUUGAACAAUACCCAGCCCUAGUCAAAUGUUUGUUUUCUGGCUGCUAGUUUCUUUGUAUAGCUGGCCAAGCAUGCUAUUUGAGUAAACAGAAAUAUCUAUUCAUCCUCUAUAACGCAGACUCUAAAAGAAAAACAAUAACCAAUUCUUAUCCGAAAGCAUAAUGGAACGGUUAAGCAAUAAGAACUCUAUGGUGGAAAAGCAGCUUAUGACAGAUAAGACGGAUAAAUAGAUCUAUUAAAAUGCAGGGUGGAUACAUAUUAUCAUGAUUGUCAUUUCAUUUUAUAUAUUUUUUUAAAAAUAGUCUUGCUGGGUGUUAUAUUCAGUUGAUUGUACUACAGACUUUUUUAAUAUACUAUAUCAUUAAAAAACAAAUAAAAAACAGUUUUGACUUGUGUUUA